CUUGGGGUUCGCCCUGUGACACAAUUACAACAACUUUGUGUUGGUGCUGGCGAAGUUUGUGAUUCUAGGAAAUCCUCCUAGUGCUGCGAGCUUCCGCCUCUUCUGCUGUCCCCGCCUACUCCGCGAUGUGAUCCACUAGCCGAGCCUCGCAGCCCGUGCUGUUUCUGCCACCACCUUGGGACUUUUUCAUUGCCGUCAUCCGAGGUAGGGGAGGCAACGGCGAUAAAGUGCUAUUUUCACGCGGCACAUCUUUUCGAGCUCUGGACUAGAGGUUGGUGGACUUGUGGGUUUCGGCGUUGGACUUUAAAUUUGUUGUGUUCUAAUGAAAUCCUGCGGAGUAUCGCUCGCUACCGCCGCCACUGCUUUCGGUGAUGAGGAAAAGAAAAUGGCGGCGGGAAAAGAGAGCGGCGAGAGCAAGGAGGGGUCCUGUAGCUUGACAGCCGAAGAGAGGGAGGCACUCGGCGGAUUGGACAGCCGUCUCUUUGGGUUCGUGAGGCUCCACGAAAAUGGCGCCAGGACUAGGACCCUCUUGGGCAAGGCUGUUCGCUGCUACGAAUCUUUAAUCUUAAAAGCUGAAGGAAAAGUGGAGUCUGAUUUCUUUUGUCAAUUAGGUCACUUCAAUCUCUUAUUGGAAGAUUAUCCAAAAGGUAAUGUUUUUGUCUAUUUAUUAAAAAUUCUCCUUGAUAUACGUAUGCAUCACAUACAAAUUGUUUUUACUUUUUGUUAUGGGCACUUACUACUGUUUUUUAAUUUCUUCUAGACACAUUAAGCAAUGAAAAAGAAGGUAGAGUAAAUGAAAAUGUGAACUUCUAAUGUAAUUUCAUGUAAAUAUUUAAUAAGUUUGAUCAUCCCAUGAAACUCAAUAACAGUUUACAAUGUAUAUGGUUAUUUUGUUUGUUCUUGUGAAAAUCUAUGUUCUUUAAAAUUUUACCAGUAGACAGGUAAUAUCUAGUAUGGUAUCUUUGUCUAUAAGUACAAAUGUGGACAUUUUGGAAAGAAUAAGUCUGGAGAGUUUUCCAUCACCACCAAAGCAAUUCUCCAAUUUUCGGAAGUGUCUUACAAGUUUAACUCCAUUUUGAUACUAUAUACCUGGAGAGAGUGUCGAUCCCACAGGUAAAAGGUUUGGUCCCACAUGACAGCCUUUGUGAGAAUCCAGUUGCAAGUCAUAAUUGUUACUGCACUACUGAUCAGCCAGAUCGUUUGAUAAUUUUGUAGAGUGGUUCACAAAGCUCAGGGGAACAUUUGUUAGUUUAUUAUAAAGGAUAUGAUAAAGGGUACAGGUGAACAGCUAAACAAAGAGGAAUAUUACAGAGCAAGGUAUGUAAGUGUCCUGUGCUCAGGAGCUUCUUUCCCUGACGAAUGGGGGUAUAUUUACCAAAUCAGAGUCUUAUAAACUCCUCCAAUCUCAGUGCUCAGUAGUUAAUUAUAGAACUAAAUUUGCCUCCUUUUCCCUACCAUUGCAGCUUUAUUUUGAGACUUCGCAUAACUCAUCUCUUUAGCAUAAAUUCUGGUGAACUCAAAACAAAUUUUCCCCCCUGCAAAGACAGGUAAACACUAUCUUUAUUUAAUUUAUUAAAAAAAUGUUUUUUAUUUUUUAUCUUAUUUUAUUUUUUUACGUUUAUUUA